AAUAACCUCUUUUUUCUUCUCUUUUUCGCUUCAACAAAAGAAAUUCAGUAAUUAACACACAACACCCAUUCAAUCUUCAUAACCCAAUCUUUACAUUCUCGCCCCACUCCCCUCCUCCUCCUCCUUGUGUUCAUCAUCGUUGGGUUUUCCGCUUUGCAAUUCUUUUUCAGGUGGGUAGGAGUUGAGGAGAUAUUCUUCUAGUUCAACUAGUUUGAAGAAGGGGUUUGUGUAUUUAGCCUAAUUGAUAGACUUGGAAUUCAGUUUUAGGAAAAUGGUGGAUUCAAUUGCUUCAACAUCUCUACUUGGGCACAGGCCGGUUUUUCAAUGUUCUAUAAACAAGGAUGGGUCAUUGAAAAGAAGGGCGAAUGAUUUCUGUAAGUUUCCAGUUAGUGAAUUCGUUGGUUGUCCAUCGAUAUGUAUAAGUUCAGUGUCAGCUCAAUCAAGGAGGACUAAUAAGUGGGGAAGUUGUAGAAAUGGGUUUGCAAUUAAGGCGCUUGCGGCGCAAUUGACUAAAGAAGCAUAUUCAUAUAGAGAAGAACAUCGAAUUCCUAAGAAUUUAGGUUAUCCGGUUGAUACAGGUUCGAGUAGGAGUUCUGCAGGUUCUUGGCCUCCACCAAAUAUGGCUGAUAAUUCUGCGAUUCAUAACCCGUUACUUCGUCAGGAAAUGAUGGGUUGUGGUUGGUUAGGUGCUAUAUUUGAAUGGGAAGGAGUGAUUGUUGAAGAUAAUCCUGAUCUUGAGAAACAAGCAUGGUUAACGUUGUCUCAAGAAGAAGGGAAACCUUCCCCGCCAACUUAUAUGUUGAAAAGAAUCGAAGGGAUGAAGAUUGAACAAGCUAUUUCGGAGGUGCUUUGUUGGUCCAGAGACCCAACUAGUCUAAGAAGAAUGGCUAAUAGAAAGGAGCAGAUAUACCAAGGAUUGCAAGGUGGAAUUUAUAGACUACGAGCAGGUUCUCGAGAAUUUGCCAAUGUUUUGAUGAAUUACAAGAUUCCCAUGGCAUUGGUUUCUACACGUCCAAGAAAUAUAAUCGAAGCAGCAGUUAGGGUUAUUGAAAUGGAGGGAUUUUUCAGCGUAAUUGUGUCCGCAGAAGAUGUUCAUAGAGGGAAACCGGAUCCAGAAAUGUUUAUCUAUGCAUCACAGCUUUUAAAAUACAUACCGGAACGUUGUAUUGUGUUUGGAAAUUCAAAUUCAACAGUAGAAGCUGCUCAUGAUGUUCGAAUGAAGUGUGUUGCAGUUGCUAGCAAGCAUCCUGUAUACGAGUUGUCAGCUGCCGAUUUGAUUGUAAGACAAUUAGAUGAGCUAUCCGUGGUGGAUUUGAAGAACCUUGCAGAUAUUGAGUCCCCAGAAUUCGGGUUUGGAGAACCAGAACUGGAAAUGGAGGAGGAAGACGAAGAGACGCGCCCGUCUUCAGCAGUUGGAGUUGAUGACAACUUCUGGUAAGAAAGUAUCUCUUUAUUUAAUGUACAGAUUACUUAGUUGCUGCACCUAAUUCUUAAAGGUUAUCAUGAAUAGGUCUUCGGUUACUUCUCUUUGUCAUGUAUAUUUGGUUCAGACUGUACAAAAACAGGCACAAAAGAAAGAAAAAGAAAUGGUGUGGGAUGAUCUUCCCACUCCCCACUGGGCUUACCCUUUAGAUAUGUUGUAAUAUGCACUUGGCUCAUAAAUGCAAUAUGAAAUUUGCUUGGAAUUCUCA